AUGGCCUCGGCCGCCUCUGUGAUUAGCCUGGCAGAUGAGGUCAACUGCCCCAUCUGCCAAGGCACCCUGAGGGAGCCGAUCACCAUCGACUGUGGCCACAACUUCUGCCGCAGCUGCCUCACCCGCUACCUCGAGAUCCCUGUUCCAGACUCUGAGGAGCCCCCCACCUGCCCCCUCUGCAAGGAGCCUUUCCGCCCAGGGAGCUUCCGGCCCAACUGGCAGCUGGCCAGUGUGGUAGAGAACAUCGAGCGCCUCAAGCUGGUGUCCUUGCCAGGCUCAGGAGAGGAGGAUGUCUGCCGGGAACAUGGGGAGAAAGUCUACUUCUUCUGUGAGGAUGAUGAGAUGCAGCUCUGUGUGGUGUGCCGGGAGGCCCAGGAGCACCGAGCCCACACCGUGCGCUUCCUGGAGGAUGCAGCGAGUCCCUACAGGAAACAAAUACAGAAGUGUCUUGAGUGUCUAAGAAAAGAGAGAGAGGAGAUUCAGGGAAUCCAGUCAAGAGAAAAUGAAAGGAUACAAGUCCUCCUGACUCAGGUGGCCACCAAGAGACAAAAAGUGAUUUCCGAGUUUGCGCAUCUGAGCCAGUUCCUGGAGGAACAGCAGAACAUUCUCUUGGCCCAGCUGGAGAGGCUGGAUGAGGACAUCUUGAAGCAACGGGAUGAGUUUGAUGUCCUGAUCACUGAGGAGAUCUGCCGAUUUAGCGCCCUGAUCGCAGAACUAGAGGAGAAGAAAGAGAGGCCGGCAAGGGAGCUCCUGACGGAUAUCAGAAGCACUCUAAUAAGAUCUGAAACCAGAAAGUGCCGGAAACCAGAGGCUGUGUCCCCUAAACUGGGCCAGAGGAUUCGGGACUUCCCCCAGCAGGCCCUUCCACUGCAGAGGGAGAUGAAGACGUUCCUAGAAACACUCUGCUUUGAGUUGGACUAUGAGCCAGCUCACAUCUCUCUAGAUGCCCAGACUUCCCACCCCAAGCUCCUCUUAUCUGAGGACCACAAGCAGGCUCGGUUUUCCUACAAAUGGCAGAACUCACCAGACAACCCCCAGCGUUUUGACCGGGCCACCUGUGUCCUGGCCAGCAGUGGAUUUACAGGAGGGAGACACACUUGGGUGGUGAAUGUAGACUUGGUCCACGGGGGCAGCUGCACCGUGGGUGUCGUCAGCGAGGACAUGCAGCGGAAGGGCGAGCUUCGGCUGCGGCCGGAGGAGGGGGUGUGGGCCCUGAGACUGGCUUGGGGCUUUGUCUCAGCCCUGGGAUCCUUCCCUACACGGCUGGCCCUGGAGGAGCAGCCCCAGAAGCUGCGGGUGUCUAUCGACUAUGAGGUGGGCUGGGUAACUUUUGCCAAUGCUGUCACUCACAUGCCCAUCUAUACUUUCACUGCCUCCUUCACCCAGAAGGUCUUCCCCUUCUUUGGGCUCUGGGGCCGAGGGUCUAGUUUCUCUCUGAGCUCCUGA